UUGGAUCAACUCGGCUGUAGAGAGGCUCUUUACGCAUGUGUGGAGCCAGUUCAGUGGGUGCACGACCGUGACCAGCAUGGUCGACUGCUGGCAAAACCUUCGAGUGUUUCUCAACUCGCAAAGGCCAGAAGCGGCUACUCUUUUGCAUUCAGCGACCGACAAAACAUUCUUGAGGUUCUAUACGAUAACCUCAAAGACAAGAGUAAGGUCUUAGUCGGCAAGAACCUCACGACAGUCCGUCAACACGCAAGCGGUGUCACAGUCAUCUGUGAAGAUGGCAGUGCGUAUGUGGGCGAUGUACUAGCUGGCGCAGAUGGAGUCAACUCGAAAGCAAGAAGCGAGAUGUGGCGUCUUGCCGAUGAAGAGGACCCUGAGCUGGUCAAGAACGACAAAAGCUCUCUCGAGAGCCAGUACCAAUGUCUCUACGGUAUCGCCUCUUCGUCCUCUGGCCUGCCCGCCGGUGAGAUCGACGUGGGAUACAACGAGAAACGCAGCACCAUGGCAAUAGUCGGCAAGAACGACCGAACAUACUAUUUUGUCUUUGAGAAGAUGAACAAGACUUACAAAGACCCCCACAUCCCGAAAUAUACUGAAGCCGACAAGAUCGAGUUUGCUGAGCGUCAUGGCGAUAUGAAAGUCACUGACAAGGUCCUCCUUCGAGAUCUGCACAAGAACAGCGUUUCUAGUACGCUCGUCGGCAUCGAGACUGCUACUUACAAGAUCUGGACGUGGGGUCGCAUAGCUUGUCUUGGUGACUCUGCCCACAAGAUGACACCGAACGCUGGCUUCGGCGGCAAUCAAGCAAUCGAAAGCGCCGCCGCCCUCGCAAACUCGAUCAAGAAGCUCUCAGAUACUUCCAAUGGCCAACGCCCAACUCAAGACCAAGUCGUCGCCUGCCUGCAUUCAUACCAAAAGUUACGCGAAGUUCGCGCCGCAGCUGCAAUCCAAGCCUCAAAUUUCCUUACCCAUGUUCAAGCACUAGCAACUUGGGGACAUGCCUUGUUUGCUCGUUACGGAUUGAACUACAUGGGUGAUUUCCUGGAGAAUUUGACGUCUGAUGUUACGGUCGGCGCGGUUGCGAUUGAUUACUUGCCGCUACCUGAGGGAAGUCUGAGGGGUUGGAUGCCGUUCAAUCCUGAGCAGGGGCAAGGCAUGAAGGAGAAUUUGCUGGUGAGAGCGGCGCUUGCGAUGCCUUUUCUGGCUGUCUUCGCUUUCGCUUGGAAGAUCUCGAGUGCUGUUGUCGGUAUCGGUGGCGAUGGUCUUGCCAGUUCUGCUUGGUACUCUGCUAGACUCAUGCCUUCCUCUCUGACCACAUCUCCUUGGGGCUUUGGUGGACAAUUCAACAGUUCGGCAUCCAUGAACAACACCUACACAACCACAUCUGCGAAUGUUCAUCCUGCCACCAACAUGCUCACCACAAACUUCCUCAGCUUUUCCGGCGUCGUCCUUUCCAUCUGGUCCAUCGAAGCCAUCCGCUGCUGCAACGCUCUGAUGCCAGUUCAAUUACCCCUCCUCUUCACCGUCCUUGCUCAACGUAGAGGUCUCGGUGUAGUUGCACCUCUUUACUCCUUCGUGCAUUGGGUGCUCACCCCCAUCGACACUUUCAAGUCCACUGACAUGAGAUUGACGAAAAUGCACUAUACGAAAGCUGUUCUCCCGUCGUUGCUCAUGACUUUCUAUCUUCCAUUGAUACAAGUCUGGUUGUUGCCCGAAGUCAGUCAACGUCAGACAUGGUUGCAGCUCUGGCAAUACUUUCCGGUCACACUCUCGCUUGGUCAAUUUGCCAUGAGCAAAAUCUGGAAAGACACCGCCGAUCAAGAUAAGAUUGAGAGGCCGAAGAGAGAUGUCGCUACCCUCAGAUACACGAUCGGGGUUCCCACUGGUGUUGCAACGAUGUUCUGGCUCUACACCCUCUGCGCUUCUCCCGUCUCGUUCUCACGACUUUUCUUGGCGCACAAUAUCACCACAACCUUGGCCGACUUCAGCUCCACCUCCGCCUUGACUCCGGUAUACGACUUGUUGCAAUACAACUACCUCAUCGCCAUCCUCUCUACCUACCUCUGGCUCCUGUACUUCGUCUGGGACGCCAAAGUCGCUGGUAUUGUGACACAGAGUUGGCUUACUGUGUUGGCUGCUUCAGCACUUGCUACCGUCGUACUUGGACCUGGUGGUGCGGUCGGCGCUGGCUUCUUGUGGAGAGAGUAUAUCAUCACCGAGAAGAGGCAUAAAGGUGCCUUGACUAGUGACAAGGUCAGAAGAGGUGUGUGCGAGGGGAAGGAGUAG